AACGAUCGCGAACGGGCCGACGCGCCGCAGAAUACACGCGAAGCUCGUGGAAAGUAACGGCGGUGGCAACCACGACUAGUCGUUCGCGGCGCGUGUGCGGGGGCGGCAGCGCGUAUGCGACACGAUCACAACCACGCUGAUUUGCUAUGCGUUGCGUUGCCAAGCUACCGUCUGUGUCGUGCAAGAUCUUGUGGUUAUCGUUCGAUUGCAUGACUUUCGGGCGUUUAAACUAAAUCAUCGUGGUGUUGUCAUGGGUGUUGCGAUCGUCGUGGGCAUGCUGCAGCAGCCCGUGGGUUUCGCCAAAUGAGUGCAUAUCAUACGUAUCCCAGCCGCGGGUCGCGGACGAUGGGCUGGAGCCGCGCCGACGAUCCGGUAUUCAGCACAAUUAGCCCAGCUUCACACCAUCACAAGGAUGUUCUCACUAAAUAUGGGAAACCACAAACGUCUUCUGCUGCAUCAGGCAAACAUCUAAAAGUUUCUUCGAGGACAAGUCUCUCUUCAUCGAAGUCAUCCCUUAUCAAUUCUGAAUUGCCGCAUUUAGAUCACGGCAAGUCGUCGGCGAAAAUCAACUUGGGAAUAAAUCAGUCGACGAUGACAAACUUCGGUGGUGUCGUUGGCGGCGACGGCAAAACGGCAACGACGCCUGUAUCACCAGCCACACGUGAUAGAGAUUGCUUUCCGGCGAUCAACAAUAAUUCACGCAGUCAGAUGAAUCUUACAAACAACAAUAAGCUUGAUGAAACACCACAUGUGAACAAACCUCUUACACCUACAGAGGCAUUAAGAUUAUAUGGGGAUUGCUUAACGGAGUACGAACGCACCGAGAUUGAAAAGUACUCCAAGAUCUGGUACUUGGGAUUGAACGCGUGUAAAGUCAUUGGAGGUUCAUGCAACUCUGGUUACGACGAUGCUAGCGGAAGUUAUGCUAAGGUACUGAACGAUCAUAUCGGCUACCGAUACGAGAUUCUCGAAGUCAUCGGAAAAGGAAGCUUCGGACAAGUAAUCAAGGCAAUGGAUCACAUGACCAAUAAGCCGGUGGCAAUCAAGAUCAUUCGCAACAAGAAGCGGUUUCAUCAUCAGGCACUAGUAGAAGUGCGCAUUUUGGAGCAUUUAAGAAAGAAGGAUAAAGACGGCAAUCACAAUGUCAUUCACAUGCUUGAAUACUUUUAUUUUCGAAACCACCUUUGCAUCACCUUCGAGCUCAUGAGCAUCAAUCUGUACGAGUUGAUCAAGAAAAACAACUACCAGGGCUUCAGCUUGAACUUGAUUAGGAGGUUUGCUGGAUCUUUGCUCAAAUGUCUGCGUUUGUUGCAGAAGGAACAUAUAAUUCACUGCGAUUUGAAACCGGAAAAUGUGCUGUUACAACAAAGAGGCAGUUGUUCGAUAAAGGUCAUCGAUUUUGGAAGUUCCUGUUAUUCAAAUCAAAGAGUAUACACGUACAUUCAGUCACGAUUCUAUCGUUCACCGGAAGUUAUCCUCGGUUUGACUUACGGAACAGCUAUUGACAUGUGGAGUUUAGGGUGUAUUCUUGCUGAAUUAUAUACUGGGUAUCCAUUAUUCCCUGGUGAAAACGAACUGGAACAAUUAGCCUGCCUGAUGGAAGUUUUGGGAACUCCAUCCGAAGAAAUCAUCAAUGCUGCCACAAGGAAAAGAUUAUUUUUUGACUCGCGAGGUAAUCCUCGUUGCUUAACAAACAGCAAAGGCAGAAAACGCAAGCCUGGCUCUAAGAAUCUUGCCAUAGCGCUUCGAUGCAACGACACGUUUUUCAUCGAUUUUAUCUCAAGAUGUCUGGAAUGGAAUCCACGCAAGCGGAUGACACCUGAAGAAGCAUUACGACAUGAAUGGAUUUUAUCUGGGACUCGCCAGAAAUCGCCGUCGAAUGGGGAGUCCUUGCGCCAUUCGCAAUCCGAGGCUAGCGUUAAUCAAGAAUCGUCCUCUUACUCGUCGAGUGGAGCAUCGAGCAGUUACUCCCGACAACACUACAAAUGUGUCGUCGUCAAAAGUGAUAAAUUAUUGAAGGCCAAAAUUGUAGAUAGUAGCAAGCUGAAUGAUAGCACGUCGGUCGAUUCGAAUCUCAACGAUUCUGGCACUUUCCUGCCGCCGAUUCUCUAAAAUAACAGGAAGUUAGCCAUAAGUAAAUGCGGAGCGAGUUAGUCAACAUAUAAAUGCAUAACGCUUGUUGAGCUGAUUAGUAGUUAGUAGGUACACACGAAAGUCAUACAUGAUCUGAGAAACAUGAAAAGACUUAAAAACGACUUACAUAGCAAGAAAAUUUGCAAAACACGAAAAAGACCAAACGAAUACUUAAAAGGACCUACAAACGAAACAUAUUACAAAGUAUUAAAAAAAGUACUGUGGUAGUUCUUCUUAUCACCAACUUAGUUACGUUUAGGCAAUGUCAUACGCGUUCAAUAUGAUGUCGCAAGUCAUUCAACCUAGAACAAUCAUGAAAUGAUACCAGUACGAGUUAGUGAUCAAAAGUAAUUUGACACAUUGACUCGUUCAGUAAGUCAAUCCAUUUCCAAAACAAUACACAUGUGUGGUUGAUAAAUACGUUAUCGAAUAAUAAUAAUCACUAGGAAUGUAUUGUAAGAAAUAAAGUAUGAGUAUUUAACAGGAAGAAAAGAUAAAUAUUUACGUGUAGCAUAAUUUUCAUAAAGAGUUGUUUGUGACUGAUGAUAUAAGAAUGACUAGAAACAAACAAAGUAUUAAGUGAAGCCUAAAAUAUAUAGCUAUAGCAUGUUGCUUGUUGCUUAUUGAUUCUAUACGAAUGCUGUUUUAAAAGAUAAAUAUUCAAGUGUUUACAAGAAGAUAUAUGUCAAUUUUACAGGACUUCAAACUCCGUUAUGCAUAUUAAUUUACUUCUCUUUAUAAAUUGAUUCUUACCAUUAGCACAAAGUAAAUUUGACAUCAAAUUUAUUAGAACUAGUUUGAUAUCUGCGUGACAACAUAUUAUCCAUUAGUAAUAAAAUAAAUAAUUAAUAUUGUGCAAAAUCAAAACAAAUAGCAUUGUUAGUGAAAACAGAGAAAACGCCUUGAGUAAGAUAUUAUUAUUAGGAAAUGCCGCUUAAGUUGUAUGCAAUUAUAAACUUUUGGAAAGAGAGACACUUUAAUUAGUUACACGAUGGAAAGUGUAUAUUUAUAUUAUUUUCUAAAUAAUGCUCUCUUAUUGGUUUAAUUUAUAACGAUUUAACAUUGAUUAUGCCCUUUACCAAACCAAUUAAUUUUGAAAUUAAAUUAAUAAAAAACAUAGGAAACUGCAUCAAAAGUUAGAAAUAUCAAAAUCGAAUAACUCUUACGUAACACUUGCAAAUAACAAACAAAGCCAAAUUUUAAAAAAUCAAUUAACAAAGUUUACAUGAAUUACUUGAAACCAUGUAUAUCUAUGCAAAAGCUAUUACGAUAAAGAAAUGUACUGAAUGUACUCUGUAAAUGUAUAUUAAGAUAAUUUUGGCAGAUAUGACUUAGGACAAGAUCAUCUAAAGAGAUGAUAAAUCAAAGAAAGCUUAUUGUAGAAAUUCAGAAAAAAAUUGAAUCCCCAAUUGUGAUAUCAACUGAUAAUAUUAAAGUAAUAUUGUAAUAUUAAUCUAAUAUAUAUAUAUAUAUAUAAUUCCGUUAUGGAUUUGUAAUAAAUUCUACUAACCAGUUUUGUUAAUUAUAAAUUAGAUAUAUCUGUUUACGAAAUUAAUUUUAUAACUAGACAAUUUAGUUUUGUUUAAUAUGAUCACACAUGAUAUGUGUAAAAAUGUAGUACCCUGGCCUAGACAUUGAAAUCGAUAAAAUUUAGUUUGUAAUAAGUAAAUCUAUUAACAAGUCGAAAACACGAUUAUGAAAUCUUAUUAUUCAGAAAAUGUAAUGUUUCUAUUCUAUAGUGACAUAACACUAAAGUUCGUGUUUAAUCCAAUCAUACAAUGUGUGCAUUAAUUGUAGAAUAAAUUAAAAGAUUCAUAGAAA